UGUGGUAUCACUGUGAAACUCUACUGUAAAUCAAGGAGCUACAUAUACCUAUGUAUAGUACCCCCCCCCCUGUUAACUUGAAAUGCUGGACGUCAGUAGAUCGACUGAUACACCUAGGAGUCUUUCCAAUGAGAGCAAACAUGGAAUGCUACGCUUUCUGAAAAAACAAUCAAUGGAAAAAGAUAGUUUUCUGAGACAGGAUGACAACAAUGAAGCAUCAUUCAAAAGUACUUCCACCUUUACAGUAAAAGAAAGCCCCAAGCCAACUCCGAGAAGUCGACUCCAUCUAGAUGAGCGUGAUAAAGUCGGGACACCAUCCUCCUCCAGCCCGCAUUUGCUGAAGUUGCACCACAGUAGCCAGGUUGAUGUUCCCAAGCAAUCAUGCGCAGCACAGGAAGAUUCUUUACGUGAAGAUGUCUGGCUCGGCAAUAAACCAUAUCAUUCAAAAUUUCUCAAGUCGCGCUCUCGUGAUCACCAAGUCGAUGACAGAGAAAAGAGUGAUUCCGAAAAAAAGGAAUUAAUGGAUAAAUCUGAUGAAACGAUCAACAAGGAAGAUGUUACACGUACAUCUCCACCUAAAUCACCACCCCGUAGCAGCGUCUCUGUAGACGAGCAUGACAAAUUGAAUACACAAGAUGGGAGCACAGAGAUGGGACAUGAUGAUCCCCCAAAAGUGAAUGUGUCUGCAGAGGUACCCGCCUUAUUAAACAGAAGUGUGCCAUCCAUGACACUAUCACAACAAUCUGUUCAAACAGGUUUGAAUGGUGACCUUGGGAAUUACAGUCAUCUGUUAAGCACAAGUGGAGAGCCAAUCAACAGAGAAGACACCCCUCUUAGCAGCAGCGGGAGUGGGAUCUCGGUAGACACAGUCCGACCUGCCUCCGUGCAAACUGGUUCAAUCAUCUCCACUCAAGCACCGUCUCCAGCACCGAGACAUCACGCUUCUCUUGCUACAUUCACCGAAGACGAGUGUUCCCAGUCUCGUGCAGAGCAGACUGUGAUAAUAAAACCACGCCCUUCGCCUAGAGUAAGGAGAGCUUCUUCUAGUGUCGAGCAUCAAACUCUGGACACAACGCAAAUGAAUGAGUCCAUCACUCUGCAGAAAGAAGGAGCAGGCAUAUCGGACCCACAGCUGAAUGAUAGUAUCAACAGAACGCGGCCAAAGACGAGCACGUCUAGCGGUGCCCCCGUAAGGCGAGCGCGGUCACGCAUCGCCUCUUUGCCGGCGUCGCCGCGUGGCAGGCGUGUAGCGUCUCCAGCGUUCACCGACACGCUCAGCAUCCGACAGGCAGUGUGGGAGGACUGGUACUGGCGCAAGACAGACGAGAAGACUCGUAAGCGGCGUGAAGCAGUCGCCGAGGAGGAGGAGAAGCGCGCAAAAGAGGAAGAGGCAAAGAGAGAGCAGAAAGAAAUGGCAGCUUUGUCAUUCACGAGUUGGAAAGAGAAACGGGAGGAGUUCUUCAAGAAGAAGUGGCAUGAGAAGGUCAAUACUGAAAAGGCAAAAGAAAAAGAGUUGAUAGACAAAGCAGAACAAAAAACAAUCGCAUUAAAGACAUUUGAGAUAUGGAGAGAGAAUAAAGAUAUUCUGCUAAAGGAGCAAAAGAAAAAAGCUAAUAGGGUGGAACGAGUCAAAACCAUACAGAUAGAAGAGAACAAGAAUGAGAAAUGGCGAGAGGCACAGAAGCUAUAUGAUUUCUGGAAAUCUAGAAAAGACGUAGAUAUUCGAAAGAAAUUGAAAGAAACAAUGAGGAAGACAUGCACGACGAAGGAGUUAGAGCGCUCACAAAAAUUUGAAAGGAUAAAAGAGGCGGAACAGAGCUAUGAGGACUGGCUGCAGAGGAAGGAGCGGCAGAUGGAGAGAGACACUGUAUUACGACAGAGGCACCGCUCUGAAGAACUUGAUAGCCCCAGGCCUGCUUGGAGUCCCGUUGGGAGGGGAAACGCUGUCGAAUGACUCCUGAGCUGGUAAACAGUCAGGUUGGCAUCUCUGAUGACCUCUAGGUCCUAAACCCAUAAGAGUGAUCCAUCAAUAACCCUGGUCUGGGUUGUUGUAACAGUAAAGGGCAUGUUAGAUAAGCUAUUUGAUGGCAUUACCAAGGUCUUAUCAUGAGAAAGAUAAGUGCACGUCUUCAAUUAGCCUACAUAGCUAGCCAGGUACAACUGGUGUUAUUAUUGUAAUUUUUUGGGGUGGGGUAGGCUUUGUCAGAACGAUGAUUUGCCACAUAAUUAGUCCUAGUCCUAACUUUCAGAAUCAGAACAGUCCCAACUCCGUUUCUUUAACUUGUAGCCUUGUCACUAAGUUGAGAUUAUCACGUUGCAGUAGUAUGACUUGUUUAUGACAAUGCUAUUCUCUUAUUGCAUUGAUAAUCCAAGGUGUCAUCUUAGCUUUAAUUUCAGGUCUAACUCUGCAAUCAUUCUGAUAAUGGCCCUAGGUCAUUAUUCAAGGGGGGUCUGUAUAUCCAAAAUAAACAUGAAAAGAGAGGGGCAAAAAUCUCACGUGAAUUUUCCUCUAAUCUCAAUAUAUGUUUUUAUACGAGAGAGUCCUUAUUUAGGCAUACUUAAGUCUUCACAACGGGUUUGUAGAGUUUGUAUUUAUAUAUACAGUUGUAAGUUUCAGAUGUGUAUCCGUCCAUAAAUUAUUAUAUUGUUCCGUUAAAUUACCAUGAUUUGCAAGCAUCAAAACUCAUAAUUACUGCUAUUAUGUACCAAGAUUCUAUGUGUGUUUGUCUAGUCGAGGAGGUUUAUCUUGGAAAAAAAGGUAAUAUUUUACCAUUUAAAACCGUUUUCUACGUGUUGUAGAAGCCAGUAUGUGUAUGCUCAAUAUGUUAAAGGUAAUUUUCUAGAGCAAAUGUAUAAUGCACUUGUGAUCAAUCAUUCACCCUUCCCAACUUUUCUCCGAACAUUUAACCUUAUAUAAAAUGCUUUAUGCAUUGAUGGUGUGCCAUAUUAAGAUUGCAAAUAAAGUUAUAUGCAGUGCACAACAAAUAUA